UCGCUCUCAUCCACAAUGUUCGCUCUCAUCCACAAUGUUGAUGCGGUUUAUUCGUUCAGUAGUGCGUUACUCGCUAUCCAAGCAAGACAUCGCGCGAUGGAACUCGUAACUACAGUUUUAUCAUUACUGUUCGUACUCGCGUCCGGACUGUAUUGGUUUUUGCGCAAUCGAUACAACUACUGGAGUAGCCGUGGCUUUCCGACCAUUCCCAAUCAAAAGCUGCUGUUCGGACACGUAAAGGGUGUAAACACUGAGCGCCAUGCGUCGUACAUUACGAAUGACAUCUACCGUGAGAUAAAGAAUCGUGGUGAAAAAUUCGGAGGAUUCAACAUGUUCAUCAUGCCGGGUGUAAUGCCCGUUGAUCCGGAACUUAUCAAAACGAUCCUGGUGAAAGAUUUCCACAUCUUUCAUGAUCGAGGCCUGUUUAGUGAUCCCGAAGUUGAUCCCCUGUCCGGCACGCUGUUUUCGAUGCAAGGAAAGCCCUGGAAGAUAUUGCGCCAAAAGCUUACGCCCACCUUCACGUCCGGCAAAAUGAAGCAAAUGUUCGGCACGAUUCUGGAUGUGGCGGAGAGACUAGGCAACUAUAUGGACGAUCACCUGGACCAGGAGCAGUUGGAAAUGAAGGAUAUACUGGCACGGUACACGACCGAUGUGAUCGGCACGUGUGCAUUCGGGAUUGAGUGUAACACGCUGAAGAAUCCGGACUCGGAAUUCCUCAAGUACGGCAACAAGGUGUUCGAACAGAAGGUAUCCACCAUGGUUAAGAUCAUUUUUAUCUUGGUGGUGCGCAGAUUUUUGCCCAAGUUUGUGCUCAAAAUUACCGAUGUUGAUGUGGAAUCGUUCUUCCUUAAUCUCGUGCGUGAAACGGUCGAAUAUAGGGAGAGCAACAAUGUGAAGCGGAACGAUUUCCUGAACUUGUUGCUUCAGAUUAAAAAUACAGGAAAAUUGUUGGAGCAAGAGGAGGAACACGUUGGCAAGGGUGAGGUCGGGAUGACACAGAACGAGCUGGCCGCGCAGGUGUUUAUCUUCUUUUUGGCCGGUUUUGAAACAUCCUCCACCACGAUGAACUUCUGUCUGUACGAGCUGGCAAAGAAUUCCGAACUGCAGGAACGUCUCCGGAAGGAAAUUAAUCGUGCGAUCGAGAACAAUGGUGGGGAGCUAACGUACGACGUUGUGAUGGGUAUCGAGUAUUUGAAUAAGGUCGUUGAUGAAACGCUUCGUAAAUAUCCUCCACUGGAGACGAUCACGCGUGCCCCAGAACAGGAUUACACCAUACCCGGUACGAAACACGUCAUCCCGAAGGGUACGAUGGUGCAGAUACCGAUCUACGCAUUGCAUCACGAUCCGGACUACUAUCCCGAUCCGGAACGUUUCGAUCCAGAACGGUUCCGGCCGGAGGUGGCAAAUGCUCGCCCACCGUAUGUGUACAUGCCGUUCGGUGAAGGUCCCCGGAUCUGUAUUGGAUUGCGGUUUGGCAUGAUGCAGACCAAGGUAGGGCUUAUUACGCUUCUGCGCCAGUUCCGAUUUUCGCCGACAGAGAAAACACCAGAAACGAUUCGAUUCAUGCCGAACGUGUUCAUUCUGUCUCCGGACAGUGGAAACUAUCUGCAUGUGGAGAAGAUAUAGUACGAACUACCGGACAUGCCUUCGGACAUCAGCUCUCAAACAUUGUACAUCAUGUUCCACGGUGAACCAUACCUAUGAUAGCGAAAGUGUGAACUAUUAUUAGAAUGUUUCUUCUUGUUACGAUUUCUUGCGAUCAGCUGUAUCGAUCGUGAUGAGCACGUACUGUUGCGCUACCAGGAUGGCGUCAUCGCACCAUAUAGCACGCUUAAUGUUUACCAUAUGUUGAUUUGUUUAUGUGAAUAAAUCCGUGUUUGGCUUUGGGAAGCGAUCCCAGGGUGUUAUUGUCGGAAUUUUAA